AUGGGCUUCCAGCGUCUCGUGGUGCUGGCGGCGGCUCUAGCUGCCAGCCUCUGUGACGCCCACCGCGCGCACAGCAGCUCCGUGUCGCUGCAGACGCCCUCGGUCAUCUUGCAGCAAGUGGACUUCGAGGCGUCCAUCGAGCUGCCGGAGCUUAAGAAUGGCUCCGUAUACCCGCGGCAUUUGUGGUACCGCGUGCAGGACUCGGACGGAGCGGUGCUGACCAACGGCAGCGUCAAGACGCUGGACGCCGACGGCAACUUCCGCUCGCAGCUGUCGAUCGCCAUCAAGCAGCUGCAACUGCAGUCGUUCGGACAGCACAACCUCACCACGACCUCGGCGGUGGUUCUCCCCCCGACGGUCGAGUUCAACGAGGUUCUGCUGUUCCAGGCCACGCACACGACGUCUGUGGUGGUGUCGCCUGGGUGGGUCUCGCUGAUCCCCCCGCUCGUGACUCUGGUCAUGUCGGCGGUGCUGGGCCAAGUGACGGUGUCGCUCCUCGCUGGAAUUUGGUGCGGCGCGAUCAUCGUCUCCAACGGAGACCCGUUCACAGCCUUCCUGCGCACGUUCGACCAGUACUGGGUGAAGGCGUUCACGGUUGACGACCACGCGGGUGUGCUGCUGUUCACGAUUGUGCUGGGAGGAACCAUUGGCGUGGUUCAAAAGGGCGGCGGCGGCCACGGUCUGGCGCUUCUUGCCAAGAAGUUUAUGACGUCGUCACUGCGCAUGCAGCUGUCGACGUGGCUGCUGUGUCUGGUGAUCUUCUUCGACGACUACUCGUGCAUCCUCAUCGUUGGAAGUUCAUUGCGUCAAGUGCUGAGCCAGACGGGAGUUAGUCGUGAGAAGUUCGCGGCGAUUAUUCACACUGUCGGUGUCUGUCUACCUUCAAUGUCUCCGGUUAGCGCGUGGAUUGGCGUGGAAAUCGGGUAUGUGGCUGCGCAGCUCCGAGACCUGAAGCUUGACUGGGACCCGUUCGUCACGUGUCUCUCGUGUCUGCACUACCGGUUCUUCCCGAUCCUCUUCAUCGCCUUCAUCUUCAUCACAAUCAUUUGCGAGAAAGACUUCGGCCCGAUGGUGCAGUUCGAGAAGGAUGCAGCGGCGUCUCCGAUCAACGAUGGUCCGAUGACCCCCGUGUUCCAGGGUCCUAUGGACAGCCCCAAGCCCGAGCUUGCCCCGCUGGAGCCCGACACUACCAAGCCCUUGCGGUGGCAGAACGCUGUGGUGCCGUUCCUGACCAUUGUGGUGCUGACGUUCGUUGGGAUGAUCUUCGAUGGCUACAACAGCCUGUACACGCAAGACCCCAACGGCUCGUUUGGCAUUCUGGAUGCACUGAGCCACUGCGACUCCGUGUCGUCGUUGAUCCGUGCGUCGGCUGCUGGUUGGGUCAUCGCUGUGACGCUGUUGCUACUGCAGCGUAUCAUCACGCUCAACGAAGCUACCAAGGCCUGGAUGGAAGGAGUGAAGGACAUCCUCGACCCGACGCUGAUCCUCACGCUUGCGUGGGCGCUGGGCUACGUUAUUGGCGAGGUGAGCACGGCCCCGUACAUCGCGUCGGUGGUUGGCGACUCCAUCCCGAAGCAGUUCCUGCCAGCCAUCGCGUGUCUUCUGUGCUACGUCGUGUCGUUCGCAGUGGGCAGCGCGUUCGGCACGAUGGCCAUCAUGUUCCCGAUCAUCGCGCCGCUGUCGUGGUCUAUCAGCGGCGGAGACGCCGAGAACCUGCGCCAGUGCUUCGGCAGCAUCCUGGGCGGCUCCGUCUUCGGCAACACGUGCUCGCCCAUCGCGGACACGUCCAUCCUGGCGUCUUUGUCGGCCCACGUUCCGCUGGAGAACCACGUGCGCAGUAUCCUGCCCUACGCCGUGCUGGUGGCUGUGGUGUCCGUGGCUGGCGGCUCGCUGCCCAUCGGGCUCAAGAUCUGCAGCACGUUCACAGCGUUCGGCAUCUGCCUGGCCGUGCUGCUGCUGGUCGUCUUUUUCUGCGGCACGCGCGUCAACAUGCGCUACCGGUCGCUGUCAUCGAGCAGCUUCCUGAGCUUGUCGCCGCCCACGAGAUACGAGGGCGAGGACCAGCCCCUGCUGUCGGCGUAA